CUCUGGAUCUGACCUCCCCCAGGGUUCCACCCGCUGCCCCUACCAGGUGAGCAAGCCCUGGUGGCAGCUGCCACAGCCCAUCACAACACUUCCCUGCAGCAUGCUGGGGGCUAACUCUGGUGUCAUCCUCCCAUAGAAAACCAUGAGUCCAUCUAUCUAGGCAGCCAUACCCGCAGCCAGCCACCUAGGUGCCAUCUGACCCUUCUAGACACCCACAGGUCCCAGAACCCAAGAUGCAUCUGCUCUGGAGGCUCCUGGUCUUCCUCCACUUGCUGUCCUUGAGCUGGGCACUGCACAGGCAACCCGGGCCUGGCCUGGCCAAGGCCCACGUGGACAGCAAAUCGGCUCUGGCUAGAAUUAUUGCCCAGGGCCUCAUGAAGCACAACACAGAGGACAGAAUCCAGAAUAUCCGUGUCCUGGACAGUCUGAAUGCCCUGGGGCAGGCGGCUCUGGGGAUGGUGGGCUGGCUAAUCGGGAGCACGGGCCUCCAGCAGCAGCAAGAAGGCAGCGCCAACAUCACCAACAUUCAGCUGGAUUACGGCGGGAUCCGGAUGUCUUUCCAUAAGGAGUGGUUCUUGGCAAAUAUCUCACUUGAAUUUGACAUUGACUUUAGACUGCCCUUCGAUAACAAGAUUGUAAAGACGCAUGCAUGCAUGAUCCUCAUUGUGGAGUUCUGGCUGGAGAAAGAUGAGUUUGGCCGGAGGGAGCUGGUGAUAGGCAGUUGCCACGUGGAGCCCAGCAGCUCCCACACAACAGUCUUAACCAAAAACAUCUCACAAAAGAUGAAACCUUUUCUCCAUAACCUCAGAGAGAACCUGAAAAAAGUCCUCCCAUACCUGAUAGAAAGUCAGGUAUGUCCUCUGGUCGGUGAAAUCCUCAGACGGUUGGAUGUAAAACUGUUGAAAAGCCUCAUAGAACCAUUACUGCCCCCCCAUGAGGGCUGGGACAACACAGGCGCUCUGCCCAAGCAGGCUGUGCCCCGCCAAGUCACCCAGACCUCUAGGUUACCAGAGACCACAGCUACUUCUGAGACCUCCCCUCAGGACUUUAGGAAGCACUAG